GCAGCGAAAGCACUUUAGCCUUCAACUACUCAGGUAAAAAUGGCUUCUUUUCACGAUGCACAAGGAUUCCGGGGUAACCAAGGUGAAGAGGAAGAUGUUGACGUGAUAUCCGUGGAGCCUAUCGCGAUGAUAGUGCCGCCGGAGUUGCAGGAUUCGCCCAGAACCGCCGCGCCGGAGAGUAGCGCCAGUUCAAGCGUGGGUGGUGGUUCUGAGAGCCACCAACCUUCAACUUCCAGUGAUUCGCCCACGGAAAAGGCACCUAGUGAGGCGGAGGGCGUGGAGGAGGUUGGUUGCAGCGCAACGGUGACAAGUGCAGCAGCGGAGGUGGUAGUGCUCGAAGGGUGGGAGAGUAAAGUUCUCAGUGGAAGGCUGGACAACCUUCGCAAGGCUCCCAAAACCCUGCCGGCUGGCUUCAAAUUCAGGGCGGUGCUUCACCACGAGGUCGCAGAUGGCGCGGCCACAGUGAAGGGGUAUAAGAAGCUAGAGGAGAUGGUGAGGCGAUUCCAGAUCCCCAGGACCAUCCUGAUCCGAGCUGGGACACCAAAUGAACGGGCGUGUUCAGUGUCACGGACGGGCUGGGUGCCAGUAUACGUAGACCAUUUUGACGUCGGUCUAUGUUUUCCUCUGCCCGGACUAAUUUUUGAUGUCCUGGCAGAGUACGAGCUGGCCCUUUCGCAACUUACUCCCAACAGCAUAAAGUUCAUCGUGGGCUUUAUGCUAUUGUGUGAAAGGCUGGGGAUGCCUGCGAAGGCGGUGGUCUUCAGGUCGCUCUUCCUCUGCCGUUUGUGCCCGUCCAGAAGUGGGACGAGGUGGUAUUACGUGUCGGGCAGGGAGAAGAUGUUGAUCUUCACUAACAUCAGAAACAAGGUAGCGAGGUGGAAAAGACAGUUCGUGUUUGUGCGGGACACGCGAACUGACAGGAUGAACAACGAGCUCGCGGCCCGUCUGUCAGAGUGGCGUACGCCGAACACAUAUAUGAACUAUCCCCAGCUAACCAGUGGUGAUGUCGACUUGAAGAACCGGCUGCUCGACUAUGUGGUGGCGAGGGGGCUGGUGGAUUUGGAAACCUUGGUUAUCCCGGAACAGAUCGCCAUUCAUGGAUUUGUUGACGUGGCAAAUCUACACUCUCAAGGAGUCAUGAGCAGCAUCCUUGAGCGACAACGUCAGCGAGCUCAAGGCUCAAGGGGCCGGGGCGCUGGAUCUAGUUCCCAGCGCCAAUCCCGCUUUGAUGAGCGGCCACCUGCUGCGCCGGGGCGCAACUCCCAGCAUAGGGGCUCGCAGCCUGCUCCAACUGUCACUGCGCGACCUGCUAGCGUGCCCCAAGCAUCUGCUCGGAAGGUUACUGAGGCCUCACCAACCUCGACGUCUGUGGGGGGCCCAAGGAUCGCAUACCCGGACGGCUUCAGUUACGCCCUGACUGAGUGUCAGACUGCUAUGCUGCAAGGUAUGCAAAACUUCGUGCCCCCUGGAGAACGGCUGCGUGCAAAGGGGCACGUCCAGCAGCAUGGAGGACAUGCUGCGCUAAUAAAGUUGAUGGAUGGAGCCAGGGCGCAGAACAGCGAGCUGCAACACAACUGCAAGCAGUUGGCAUCUGAGAAGGCUAGCUUGGCUGAUGAAGUUAGCCGCUUGCAGAGCUCGGAGAUGGCCAACCGGGCGGCGUCAGCUGAAAGCUGGGCUGACGAGCUGGCUCGCAAAGUCACUGAGCUGAGGGAGGAGCUAGACCGAGCUCGGGCCGAGAAGGAAAGCGGCAUUCAAGCUGCGAAGGAUGAGGACGGCCGUGCAGAGGACUGGGCCAGAAAGGCGGAAGCUGAGAAAGAGAGAACUCUGCACGAGCUUAGCGGCCUGAGGGAGAGGGUCUCACUCGCGAAUCAACAUGUCGCCCAGGCUGAGGCGUCCUUGGAGAGGACUAAAAGACUUCACCAGCGCGACGUCUGCUUUGCCCGUGCACAGGGGGCUGAGUGGCUGGUGGGGGCAGAGAUGUUCCAAGAUGCCGUAGCUGUGGCUGCAGCCAACACCACCACUGACAUCUUCAAUGAAGUUCGUGGGAAGGUGGCAGACCCCCAUGAUGUGCCUGCUGAGCCUUCCAGCACUCCUCCCUGUGCUCCGCUUCAGCACGUCUCGGCUGCUGCUCCAGCUCCAGCUGCCCUUUCUCCAGUUCCGCCUCAUGUUCACUCUUCCCCAUAUCGGUCAUCUCCGGUUCGAUCUGCUGCUACGCUAAAUGACGCAUCCACCCCCGUCGAUCUGACGGAUGAGUAGUUUAGGAUCUUUUGCUUUGCUUUGUUUUUUGUAGUUCUUCUUGUCUUUUGUGUUAAUCGAAUAUUUGUACAAGAAUAUUCAUGAAAUACAACUCCAAUAUUUGU